AUGCAUGAGAUCAUAACCCUCCAGCUUGGCCAGAGGAGUAACUACCUCGCGACCCAUUUUUGGAAUUUACAGGAGUCGUACUUCACAUAUUCCACAGAUGAGGAAUCCCCAGUCGACCAUGACGUUCAUUUUCGUCCUGGUAUUGGGGCAGAUGGGGCUGAAACAUUCACCCCCCGGACUGUAAUCUAUGAUCUGAAAGGCGGCUUUGGAGCUCUGCAGAAAUACAAUGCCCUUUAUGGGCUGGAAGAAGCUGCCGGAUUACCUAGAGGUUUAUGGGAUGGCAAUGAAGUCGUACAACGUGAGCCCUCUAUUCCACAAACUGAGUAUCAGAAAAAUUUAGAUUUAGGGCUCCCGCUACCUCAACUUUCAGCUGGGACAGUUCGUUACUGGUCAGAUUUUAAUAAAGUUUACUAUCAUCCCAAGUCCAUUGUUCAACUAAAUGAAUACGAGCUCAACUCUGAACUAAUGCCCUUUGAGAACUGGGAAAUGGGUGAAGAUCUGUUGCGAUCCUUAGAUCGCGAGCACGAUAUCCUCGACAGGGACUUUCGGGCUUUCGCAGAAGAAUGUGAUCAACUGCAAGGUAUCCAAAUCUUCUCUGGGACCGAUGAUGCUUGGGGAGGCUUCGCCGCCAGGUAUGUGGACAGGUUGAGAGACGAAUUUGGAAAGAAAAGUAUAUGGUUCUGGGGACUAGAGGACGGCAUUAAGGUUCAACGUCAAAAGCAAGUCAUAGCCAAGGUCAAUUUGGCGAAAUCUGUCAAUGAGAUAUCUCCGCAAACAUCAGCGUAUAUACCAGUUUUGGACCCCCCACGAAAGGUGCCCACAUAUGUGCACUCUGACCUAAGAUCAGAGUGGUAUUCCUCUGCCCUUGUUUUGGCAGCUGUAGAGAGUGUUACCUUACCUACCCGCAUCCGAUCCCACCGGGGAAAUAGUUCCUGGCUACCAGCUCAAGAACGCCCACAAAAAAUCUUCGACCUACGAACCGCCAUUCUGAAAGAGCAUGAUGAGCCUGAGCCCGACAGACCAGCGGGUCGCAACAAGCAAACAUUGAUAGCGGAAGAUGAGGUGGAACAGGACGAAGGCCUACUUGAAGGAUUUGAUAUUGACUUCUCUUGGUCUAAUUCCGCUCGUUCUCAAAAAUUGCACGUUUUUGGCCAAGUCCAAGUCAGCCGUGGAUCCGAUGUUCAAGCCGAUCUGGCGUCGAGAUUACCAAGCCAACCCAGUGUUGGCCAAUCGCUGGGGCCACCAGGAGCCCUGCAAAUGUACUACAUUCCUCUUGCACUUCCUCUCCUUGAUAGCUUCCCUAGUGAUCUAUUUACAGGAAGAGGGCCUUCAAGCUCUGGGCUGAAUGUUCGUGCAUCCCUUUCUAGUACAUCCCAAAUUGGGGGGAAAGUGAGGGAUCUACAAAACUUUGCAUCAAGAUUAAUAGGGGUAGAUGAACGUGAGGCAUUAGUCAAUGGGCUUGGAGAGAUUUCAGAGGCUUAUCAAGAGCGGUGGGAAAGCGAUUCUGAUUCGGGAGAUGAUUUCUGA